AUGCCGACCCUCGAAGUUCUUCCCGAUCCGUGCUUCUCACUGCUCUUGUCUCUGCCGAGAGAACUCCGCGAUCGCGUCUACACGUAUGCCCUGGUUUCCAACACGCCGUUCCUGUGGCCCGGUGCCGUGUCCCAAUCGGCGUACAGCAAACAUCGCCAUGUCAGCGUGAACCUCCUCCGGACCAACAGGCAGGUUCACGACGAAGCCGUGAUUGUUUUGUACGCACAGAACAAGUUUCUAUUCACACAUCCCAGCGACUGCAACAUCUUCCGCGUCGUCACGUCUCCCGCCUCGGCAAACAUAACGAGCGUGUACAUCCGCGUAAAGGACAAGGACCUGCCAUUAUGGACGGCAUAUAUGGGAAGCAAGAAGGCAGAGAGGAGCCUAAGAGCUGAUUUGCCUAAGUUGAAGAGUCUCUGGGUAUUCCUCAAAUUGGGGAUGUGUCCACACUUCAUGUCAGGCGUACUGGCUGGGAUACAACGCCCAAUUCUCGGACCCCAACCAGCGGGACACCUACCGGCGGUUCAGAAUGCUGUGGGACAUCAGAUACACACCCUACAGCAACAUGUCCAGAAUGCCAUAAACCAGGUCAUGACUACCGCCGGCGUGCAAAUCGUCGGCGGCACAGGCGGCCAUGCGCAUACUCCUGCCAACGCGAACCAGGUCCCGCCUCCGCCCCCGCCAGCUCCCGCUAUGCCGUUCCCGCAAUUCAUGCAAGGAGCGUUAGGCAUGGGCGGUCAUGGACAGCAGCACCAACAAGCGAUGCCAGCACCGCACGCCCACGGCCAGCACAACCACCCGCCGAACCCCAGUCCGCUAGCACAACAUCUCCAAGCCCAACAGGACAAUCCCACCGUCCAGGUCAUACACCCACCUGCUCAGCAAACACCACCACCCACAACCCCCACAAACAGCACAGACCCCAACAAGCUCUACUCCGGUAUGAUCCGCUCCAACCGCUUCAAAGUCGUCACAUCACUCUGCCUCCAGCUCCACGACGUCCUCCACACCAAACCCCCUCCGUCUGCGCUAUCCCCCGUAUCCUCCACUUCCAUCACCCCUACUGAAUCGUUCGGCACACGACUACGCCAAAUCUCACAACAUCGACAAGUCUUCCCCGAACGAGGCCCUGAUCCAAAUACUAGUGUUAAUACCACGUCCGUCCAACCGUCCCGCUCCUCCAGCAACCCCAAGUCUUCCCUCCAAACCACGAAAAUCGAGACCCUUCCACCGCCGCCCAACACGGAGAUCAAGAUUGUGACUAUAGUACGACCGGGCAAGAGAUUUGUGAAGAGGCUACUUGAGACUUUUCCUGAUGAGCUGGAGGUUGAUCCCGUGACGAAGGAUGCGCGGACGAGGUUUAGGAAGAUGCAUGGGGUGGAUGUUAGUUGGGAGUUUAAUGGGUUGAGCGAUGUUGAGGCGAGCAGUGCGGGAGGGGUUGUGGUUCCUUGGGAUGGGGGGUGGUGA